UUCCCAACUUUCCAAAGUUCUUAUGAAUAUAUUUUUUAAGCUUUAACAAGUUCUGUACCAAAUUCUCAAUGUUGGGGCCGGAGGUAUUGGACGAGCAGUUUGAAUGCCUGCGUCGCAUUGCAUUGGCCAUUUGUCAGACCCUCGGAAGGCCUAAGGAUCGUGAGAUCUGCCGGAGUACCCUCGACGAGAUGGCCAAGUUCAAUAAGGCGGCAUCGAUCAAGGCCAAGGAGAAUGUGCACAAGUUCAUGGUCUUCUAUCUGAAAGUGCUAAGAUGGACUCAAAAGAAUCAACCGAUUACUAUAUACGAAAAUGGGUGAGAUUUCUGGCAAAAUUUCCAUUACAGCUUCAGGUUUAACUCAUAUAAACCGCAGUACGGCAAGCACUCUGGUAAUGAUUCGUCUUAUCUGGGUGACUCUGAAGAAAUGCGCGUUUGGUUGCAGGAGGGAUCAUCAUUCUUUGCCAUGAAAACUUUUGAAGAUGGAUCCACUUUGGUUUAUACCGCAGUUGCCAAGGAUCCGAAGGCUGGUUGGGCGGAAUUCGGUCUUAAGUCCCUGAUGGAUAUGCAGUACGGUUGUAAAAAAUAAUCUUGUGGAAAAACUCUACAUAGAGGAAUAUAUUUCGACCGUGGGUGCAUUGCUCGAGAUUCGGUUUACAA